CUUCCCUGGACCACACAACAAUGGCCUGGCUUGUGGCUGGGAGACAAAUGGCUCAUAAGUCUGUGUUUGGGUUUCUCUUCGCCUUACUCUUCAUCGGUGUUGUCGUCAUCAUCAUCGUCUGCUUCACUGCAAAGUACGGGAAGCGGGAUAAAGAAGUCACGGAGCCUUUCUGGAAGACGAGCGUGGUGUUCCAGGUGUAUCCUCCCUCACUCUACGACGCUCAUCCCGACGGUAUCGGAGACAUAACAGACAUGAAUAGCGUUGCUAGGCGAGCAGUAUCUGGAGAGUUGCCAAGCAGUACACAGAGAAGCCUGACUAAGACGCCAUACUGUCUGCGGUUGGAUCUGACAGACAUGACUUCGCCUCAAAAGCGCACUCUAGCGCCCCACCACGACUUGUCUUCUUCACUUAAACCAACAGUCAAGAAGAAGAAGGUUCCCUGGUGGCAGGAGGCAGUCAUUUAUCAAGUUUAUCCUCGCUCUUUCUUCGAUAAGAGUAAAAGCGGCACUGGCGACCUGCGAGGCAUCAUGUCUAAGGCGGACUACCUGGCCGAGCUGGGUGUGGGCGCCGUCUGGAUCAGUCCAGUGUACACCUCGCCCAUGAAGGACUUCGGCUAUGAUAUCUCUGACUUCACAGACAUCAACCCCAUCUUCGGCACCAUGGCUGACUUCGACGAGCUCGUCUCUGCCUUCCACCAAAGAGGGUUGAAAGUGAUUAUGGACUUCGUACCUAAUCACACCAGUGACCAGCACGAGUGGUUCCAAAAGUCAGUGGCUCGCGAGGACCCAUACACCGACUACUACAUCUGGGCUGACUCCAAGGGUGGCACUGACAACACCACACGACAACCCCCCAACAACUGGGUCACUUUUCUAAAAAGUAUUGAUGUACACCAGCUCGGGAACCAUGACCAUGGGCGUGUGGCAUCACGUCUAGGCACUGAUCUGGUGGAUGCCCUCAACAUGAUGAUUCUGCUGUUACCUGGGACACCCAUCACUUACUAUGGCGAGGAAAUAGGUAUGGAAGACGCGUUCAUCAGCUGGGAGGAUACGAAGGAUCCUCAAGGAUGUCGCUGGGGCCCCGAGCACUACCAGGAGCACAGCAGGGACCCCGCUCGCACACCAAUGCAGUGGGACGAUACUAACCUUGCUGGUAAGACAUGUGUGACGGAACAUGAUGGUUGAGCUUAGAGGAACACG